CAGACGGCUCACAGUGUUUUGUUGUGCGAUUGUGGUACCCGCGCUCGAACGCCCGGAUCGCCAUUGCUGUUCAACAAAAUGGAUCUUUUCGUGAUCGACACGGCCGGCGACACCAGCGGAAGCCGUAGCUUCGCUUUAAGCUCCAUCCCGCGUCGUCCCAAAUCGUCCAUUAGCGCAUUCGAUGGCCGGGUGCCCGCCGAAGAGACGAAGUUACACAGCACGGCACCGGAGGAAAGCGAUGACGACGACGACUACGCAGGACUUCCACCACCGGGCGAAAGCAUCGCGAACAUCCUGAACAAAGACGAUGUGGCCGACGUGCGUUUUGUUUCACGGAAACGCAAAAGCAAUGGAAAUGGGAAAGAGGUAUCGCAAACUGCCGACGAUACAGCGCAGCAAGCGGGGCCUUCCAAGCAGAAAAAAGGCGGUCCCGGAAUUCAGCCGAUCCGCACGAACGUUCAGGAAGAGAUGAAGAGUGCCGUCCUCACGCCGGCCAUUGAGAAGAAGGAGAAUAUUGCCCGGUUGGCCAUGUCGGACACUGCAAUCCGGAAGCUUAACAGGCUGGAACGCAAAAAGACCAAGGGCAAGGGUUGGUACGGACUGGCCGCACCGGAAAUCACCCCGGAGCUGCAGAACGAACUGACGCUGAUGAAGAUGCGCUCCGUGCUGGAUCCAAAGCAGUCCUUCAAGCGGCUGGACAAACGCAAGCAGCCUAAAUACUUCGAGAUCGGCAAAAUUAUCGACUCCCCGCUGGAUCACUUCAACGAGCGCGGCAUGAAGAAGCUUAAGUCGAAAUCGCUCGUCGACGAGCUGCUGGCCGACGCCGAGUUCCAGAAGUACAACAAGCGCAAGUACGCGGAAGCGCUCGAGCGACAGAAGAAAAAAGCCUACCACAAAGCGGUCAUGAAGAUGAAGAAAGAGAAGAAGAAGGGCAAGAGGAAAUAAAGUCGGCUUUUACGGGUUUUGCUGUUUA